CGAGCCAAAAUUAAUCCGUCUCAACUGGCUAGGCUUGGUUGGAAUUAUAAAGAUGAAGUUCAUUGUUCUUGGAUUGCUUUGCUUGUGCAUCUUUAAAGCAUCUGGAGAUGCCACUAAUCCUUUAAAUAAUGAGGAUAAAAAUGCUGAGAACUGGAGUGCAAAUCCUGAUCACUCCUAUGACGUACCGGUAAAUAGCGGUGAAGAUGUGGCUAAAGACGAUGAAGGCCAAGAACUUAGCGAUAAAAGUACUGAAGAAUUACAAGAGAAAUUAUCCACAGAGGAUGAAUCCGAAGAAAACAAGGAGGUCGAAAUACCAGAAUCUGCUAACAAGGAGGAAUUCUUUGAUGAGAAACAAUUGGCAAGUGAUAGUGAAUUGAGUGAGACAGAGGUGGCGGAUGAUAAGCAAGCUAAAUCUUGGGGAUGGCGUCGACGAAGACGCUAUUAUAUCCGUAGACGACGUUCUGAUCCAUGCUUGUCAAUUAGAGUUAGUCUAAAUCGUUGUAUUCAACGAAGAAAUUGGCUACAAGCUAAAGUUAAUCGAUUAAUCAAUAGAAUCAAUCGGUUAAAGAGUAGAAUUCAAAGAAAAAACGUUGUCAUCCAAGGUUUAAAAACGCGUAUAAGGCAAUUGGUGAGCGUAAUCAACAAUUUACGAGCUCGCAUCCAAAACUUGAGAAAUUCCUUGAACCACGUGACACAAAAACAUAAUGCCCUUGUUCAAAGAUUUAACAAAUUGCUCGCUUUAACACGAAAGCUAAAAGCGAAAUACUUGAUUCUGUCGGCCAAGUAUAGGCAAAUUUUAACCGAAAACAAGCAAUUACGAGCUCUGGUCAAAACGCAAUCCAAUCAGAUUCAGUCUUUAAAGGGGCAAAAUGCUCAAUUACAAACACAAAUUGUACAACACGUACUCGACAAGAAGGCUUUGCGCGUUCAAGUCAAGAAGUACAAGCGUAAGUUUUACAAAGCUCAGUAUGAUCUUGAAAAAUGUCGUCUCUGUUGCGAUGCAUGUAGUCAAAAAUAUCCUGCUGGCAAAAAUAGCACUGUUACAAAUGGUGGAAGCACUAAAGCAGAGUUGACUGUUAAUGAUUUUUAGUUCAAUGGCUUCAGAUAAAUAAAAUAUCUUCUUGAGGUAGUUAAAUUUUAAUAGAAUUUGUCUUUACAUUUAGAUAAGUCCUCAUAGUAAAGCCUUCAGUCUUUAAUAUCGUUAUAUAUUGAUUGCAUAACGUAGUGUAUUUAAUAGGUUUGUUACUAAUUUAGUAUUCAUUUUUAAAGACUAUUCUAUACUUACCUCAUCAAUGAUCAACUCAACUUAUUUUAGAUUAUAUAUGUGUAAACUGAAAGUCAUAGGUCUGUUUAAUCAUUAAAGAGUAGAAUUAUUGCUGCAUUAAAAUUGUCGCUAAUAAUAACAUGAUAGAAUUCACUGGUGUUGUUUAUGUUAAACUUUAAGGUUGUCUUAAUUAAUAAAAGUAUUUCAUAAC